CAUAGAAAUGUUUGAAGAAAUUGCGAAGCAGAUGUCCAGCAGAGGACACAACCGUUCCGGAGCAGAAUGCAGGAAUAAAGCAAAGUCACUGCAGGGCGAGUACCGGAAAGUGAUCGCGCACAACCGUAAGUCGGGCAACAGCAGAGCAACCUGCCCCUUCUAUGAGAAACUCCACAACAUCCUUUGGGGGUAUGCUAGCAUCACCCCAAAAAGAAUAGCACGAAGUAUCCCAAGUCUGGCUCGCACAGAGCAACCACCCACACCUUCGGCAAUGGGAACGCCGGUUGCUGGGCGGCCACAGCGUGCCAAUAUCAAUUGCGAAGGUUUGGUGACGGUGGAUGUCGGACACUACCUUGGCAAAACGGAUGUCCACGGUGCUGCGACAAACCAGAAUAGCAGUGGCAUGCAAGCUAUGCCAACAGAAGAUCUGCUUUCUUCAGUUGAUAACACUAUCCCUAACCCUGUGGCAACCCUUUGCCCUGCAGAACGCUUAGCAAUUCUAAGAACAAGAAAAACCAAGGAAGGAUGCCUAGAGUCGCUGCUUCAGGCAAUGUUGGAGCACUCAAAAGAAGAAGCACAGGUCUCCCACAGACAGCGAGAGCAGUUCCUUCAUUUAAUGCGUUCCAAACAAAACAACAAUGAUAGAAUGAUGAGGCUGGUACGGGAAGAGCUGGAGGAGUCCAGGAAGGACAGAGAAGCCUACGAAAGGCGUAUGAGUGAAAAGGAGGCAUCGUUGAGCGCCAUCCUUAAUACCCUCAAUCAACUGGCUGAUUAUGUGUGCAAUGAACAAGCAAAGACAAAAGCAACACCUGCCCCAGAUAGCUGCCAGGUGACAAAUAUUUUCUCACAACCUGGCUUUAACACACAUAAAUAUAUAGCUAUCCCCGUUGAGAAUGGGGAACCUGUAGGCAAUCCCUGUUUCACAAGCUCUGAUGAUGAGGAACACAUGAUCCCAUCAUCCCAGAGCUUGCUUUCAGGCAUUGCCCCGGGCACAACAUUCAACACAUCUGGAAUAGAAAGCGAGUGCAUGGGAGCCCACAGCCCAACUGAACCAUCCAGGCACUCUCAAAUGUACACUACACAGAGCCAAAGCUCGCCAAGCAUUGCCGCACCACGAAGGCAGCCACUGACUUCCACACAGUCCAUGUCCCGGCCAUCAUGGGCAACCCGCAAAAGGGUGCCGUACAGCCCCUAAGCAGGGCACUCUUAAUGCACACCAUUUAUAGGCGCCAAAAGGAAAAUGAAGGCAAUUAAAAAAAAAAUAGGGAAGGAUUA